AUGGGCAUGACAGCGGGGUGGAGCUCUGUCCUCCGCCUGGCCUGCCCGACUCUGCCCGUUCAUUCCAAGGAAGAUCGUCUGUUUGGUUUCGUGGUGGAAAUGGCUUCACGCCGAUUCGUCUACUGCUUAUACGGCAUCGAAGAUUUGAUUCGCCAGGAGCUACGCUGGGAUGCCGAGUCCCGAAACGAUGAAACAAAUCACAUUGUAACUGGAUCCAGUAGAGUAGUCAUAGAAUACCAUCUGGCAGAGAGUAUGACCAUGGCUGAGGACCAAGCGGCGAACUGCUUCGAAGGCGUCAUCCGCGUAAUUUUGGAGGCCAUUCCUGAGGCCAAAUUCCCAAGAGAAUCCGGUCCGCAACUUCGACUGCCUUGA